CGCUGCGAUUCAGUUGCCGUUUUAACUCCGCCGCGAGAAGCGGAAACUUUGUGGCUCCGCCUGGGAAAUCGAAGCGAGGAAAAGCGAGGAAACCGCUGCAGCGCUGCAGCUCGCACCGUUUGGCGCCAAAUUUCGAACCUCGCAGGUCCGCUGGCGGACGCGCCCUCCCCUCCGCCCCCCGCGAAUCCGCCGCCCCCCGCGCCGCGCCUCCCAUGGCGGCUAGCAAAUUCCCCUGCGGCAAGCCAGCGAUAGCCACACAUUCACACUUCGAUGCGACAUGUGCCAAGAUCCGGGCCUUUUACUUCGACCUGGACAACACGCUGAUUCCCACGCGGACCGGCGACUCCAAGGCGAUCAGGAAGCUCGCUGACGUUUUGGAGAAUCAGUACCAGUUCAGCAAAGAUGACGCCGCUCAGGCCACCCAGAACUUCCUGAAGGCCUUCCGCCGCUGCCCGGACAACUCGCAGACGUCGCUGGACUCGUGGCGCACCCACCUGUGGCGCGAGUCCCUGCCAGCACGCCACAAGCACCUGGCCGAGCAGAUCUAUCCGCAGUGGCUGAAGCUGCGCUACCGUUACCUGGCCGUGCCGGCGGACUAUGUCCAGCUAUUGCUGCGGAUGCGCCAGGCGGGCUAUGCUCUGGCCCUCAUCACCAAUGGACCCUCGAACGCCCAGUGGGAGAAAGUGUCCAAGCUGCAUGUACGCGGCUACUUCGACUGCGUGCUGGUCUCGUCGGACCUGCCGUGGGAGAAGCCGCAUCCGGAGAUCUUCAAUGCCGCCUGCUAUUUCCUCAAUGUCAAGGCGGAGGAGUGCGCCAUGAUUGGCGACAAGCUGGAGACGGAUAUUAUGGGUGGUCACCUGGCCCAGCUGGGUCUCACCUUCUGGACGCCACUAAGCAAUAGCAGCUCGGCCUCGCAAUCGCUGGAGGAUGUGGAGUACAAGCCGCACGUCAAGCUGUCCAAUCUGCUGGAGCUUUACAAGUACUUCCCGCGCCUCAAUGCCAUUGCGCCGCCGGACACGCCGUCGACCUCCAGGCGCCGCGGCAGCCACAUGAGUGCCAGCAGCCAGAGCUCCCACAGCGGCAGCAGCUCCAGCACGAGCUGCGAGCCAGGAAGUGGCCAUGGGUACCUUUACCAUCUGCACCAGCAGCAGCAGCAGCAGCAGAGGCCGCGACCCUAUCGACGCGGCGCCUCCAUGCCCGCCAUGGAUUGCUCCAACAGCGAGGCGGAGAACAGCUGCGAUAGCUUCCUCUAGACGGAGAAGGAGGAAGGAGUGAGGAUGAAGAAGGAUCCUAGGAUCCAAGGAUCAGAACGGAUUGAUCGGGAGAUUGUUGAAAAAAUGUACCUUCAGUUUACAAAACUAUAGCUAAAGAGGAUCGCAGAGAGAUAAAGUUAUAAUCACAGAGGGACGAAGGACGAGGGACAGCCAGGAGAAUUGGAAACGAAUGCAGGAAUACAAAGUUCAACUAUUAGCGGGAGGAGCCCCGGAACCACGGUGAAUCUCGAUAUCUGCCAUUAGACUAAAAUUAGGGCUAGCAAAAAACAAAACAAAAAAACAGCAUCGGAGCACACAAACUACAGCAUACAAGAGUACACACUACCAAGCAGAAUAACUAAGAAUAACUAAAAUCGAGGACAGGAAGCAAAGCAACCAAAUGUAUUUUUCUAAGCGAAUUUUCUGUCACAUAUUUUGUAAAUUGAUAUAACACGCAACCGAAAGUACGUCAGGGUGAACGCAAAAUACAAAACACAAAAAAAAGCGAAAACGUUAAAGUAAAUCAGUGAGAAACCACAACACGAACCUUUUGAGACACUGACGAGCAACAAAAAAAUAAAAAUAACAAUCUGUAGUUAUAGCAGGCGAUGGAUGUACGUGAAUGUUAACUAUUGUCUUAGUCGUAGCCUUUAGUCGGGUACUCUGUUGGCAAAUUGUUAUUUGCAACCACCACUCCUCCUCACCCACUCCCCAUUUACACCAGCCCCAGGUUAUUCCGCACCCACAAGAAAAGCAUCGUUGAUGAUAUAGAUCCAGAACACAAAUGCCACCAGGCGCAUGUGGGAGCACUGUUGAACAUGGAAAUGGAAAAUAAAUGACACUGCAAAAGCUAAA